AUGCUCUUGGCCAUCCGACGAAGCGUUUCAUGCUUGCCCCACCGUUCACUCACUCAUACGAGACGGUACCAAUCUAGCCAGACGAGCUUCCAGAACAUCAUUUAUUCGAACCCAUCACCAGCAGUUGGUCUCUUGACUCUCAACAGACCGAAAGCACUCAAUGCACUCUCGUCGCCUCUAUUCACCGAAAUAAACGAGCUUUUGAGCUCAAUCAAUUCAUCCUCCUCUCCAGUCAGAUGUCUCGUCAUCACUGGCUCUGAAAAAUCAUUUGCAGCCGGCGCCGACAUCACCGAGAUGGCCAACAGGUCCUUGGCCGAGGUUUAUGAUUCUGACUUCCUCAAGUUCUGGUCGGAGAAAAUCAGCUCUUUUAGAGUCCCAAUCGUGGCUGCCGUGAGUGGUUAUGCACUUGGCGGGGGUUGUGAACUGGCUAUGAUGUGUGAUAUAAUUUUAGCUUCGAAAGAUGCAAAGUUUGGUCAACCAGAAAUUAAUUUAGGUGUCAUCCCUGGGGCAGGAGGUACUCAAAGACUGGUCAAAGCGAUUGGGAAAUCAAAAGCGAUGGAAUACGUCUUAACUGGAAAAACCUUUAGCUCCCAACAAGCAUAUGAGUGGGGUUUGAUAUCUAGAAUCGUUGAUGGAGGCCACGAAGAGCUAAUUAAAGAAUCGCUAGCUUUGGCAGAUUCAAUCUCAACCAAACCGAAAUUGGCCACCAAGGCAGCGAAGGAAGCUGUCAAUUUAGCUUAUGAAUUACCUCUUAGCCAGGGAUUAGAAUUCGAGAAAAGAUUGUUUCAUUUGUUGUUUGGUACAAACGAUCAAAAAGAAGGUAUGAAAGCAUUUGUUGAAAAACGUAAACCCAAGUUUGAACACUCUUAG